AGUCGAGGUGUCUGAUCUACUUCCAGGAUGGUGACCGCUCUUCUACUCCUAUUGGCUCUUGCAGCCACCUCUUUGGCGGCUCUUCCAGAUUUGGGAUAUCCCGGAUGGCAGUGCGAUGCAUCGCUUUAUCAGAAGAGCAAAAAUACCCCGACUUCUGCCCACUCCGUCCGAUUCACCGACAUAAAAGUUUUGGGAGCUCUCGGAGACUCCUUGACCGCCGCCAAUGGAGCCGGAGCACCAAAGGGAGACCCUCUGGCUGUGAUCCUUCAGUACAGAGGACUAGCCUUCCAGUGUGGAGGUGACCACUCUCUCGACGAGCAUGUCACUGUUGCAAAUGUGCUGAAAAAGUUCAGCCCUAACCUAAUGGGAUACUCCACUGGAAUCGGAAGUGCCAACGUUUGGGAGGUCUCAAAACUGAACCAAGCAGUUCCAGGAGCUGAAGCAAUCGAUAUCAUCACUCAGGCCAGAGCUCUGGUGCAAAUUAUCCAAAGCCACAAGGAGAUUGAUUACAAAACUGAUUGGAAGCUUAUCAACGUAUUCAUUGGAGCAAACGACAUGUGCGCCUAUUGCAACGACCGAGAAAAUGGCCCACACUCAAAAGCAAUCUGGAAGCAAAAUGUGAUCACUGCCAUUCAAAUUUUAAAGGAUAACUUACCAAGAACCAUCGUAUCCAUGACCGGAAUGUUCGACAUGGCCAUGCUUCGCCAAAUCGACCACGACAAGUAUUUCUGCGACGGCCUCCAUGUGUUCGAGUGCCCAUGCGAGAAGAACAAGGACUUCCCGAAUACCGACAUCUCGGCUGCCUGCCAUCUUUACAUGGAUGCUCAGCAGGAGAUUCAAGACUCGGGAAUCUUCGACUCAACAGAUGACUUUACAUUUGUCGUUCAACCAUUCUUCAAUGGAAUCACAGUUCCACCACUCAAGCCCGACGGAGAAGUCAAUCUGGAUUGGUUUGCACCGGAUUGCUUCCAUUUCUCAAAACUAGGCCACGCCAAUGUUGCCAAGCACUUGUGGAACAAUAUCGUUCAACCAGUCGGAUCCAAGAACCAUCAAGUCAAUCUGUCAGAUCCUACCAUUCCACUAAACUGCCCAGACACCAAGUGCCCAUUCUUCAGAACAACUAAGAACAGUGUUGACUGCUCGAAAUAUAUGACUGCCUAGACUGUAGGAAAUUGUGUUUGUGUGUGUAAUUUGACGUACUUAUCGGGUCUGCAAUAAAAUGUUUUAUCGUGUAA